CCUCUCUCUGAGUUCCCGCUAAUAUGCCACAGGACGCGACGCCGAGGUGCCACAACACAGCCAUGGCUUUGGAGCGACCUGGUACGGAUCAUUAUGACGCCCAAUGCGAGGAGAGCGAUGAGAGGUCGGUCCGUUGUGUUGCAUGGGUCUGGCGAGGACGGAGGGACGAGGCCGCCACCACCACAGCACAGCUAGACCGGAGGUGUGUUAUCAUCUGCAUGGAAAAUCUGCAUUUCGUCAUGCUCGCUCUCCCUCCACCUCGGAGCUGUCCAGUGUGCCUCCAUGUCGCUCUUGAGGCAGAGAGGGAGAGGGAGAAGAGAAGAAGAGGUUCGAGUGAUACGACUCUCUACUGAGUCCAGGACGAGCCACAGUGACGGAAAGGCCACAUCCAGCACAUGUCAAGCUGCCGUGCUGCUGCCAUCUGGAUCUCUGCUGUUGGGUGAUAUGGGUUCCUUCUCCUCGCUCUGCCUUUGACCUGACGCCCUGCGCACCCAACUUCCACCUUCACACAUCGAAUGCUCAAGUCAAACACACAAUGCACAGAGAAUGCCAGCCAGCCAGCAAACAUCCAGCGGCCUGCCUGCCUGCCUGCCAGCCAGCCAGCUAUGGCAUGGAGAUUCUCAGAU